AUGGACUCGGCCGGCCUUGGUGCCAUGCCAGGGCCUCGCUGCUGUUGUGGGAGCCAUGACUGCGCUUUCCUCGCCCACAACGGAAGACUCUUAGAAGGAUUAGAGAGGGACGUCUCCAAGGCUGCACAGCUGGGCCAGGCCCUACUCGUCCGCCAUGAGGCGUACGUCGCCGACUCGGAGCGCGAGCGCAAGGAGAUGAUCAACACCAUCGAAGGGCUCGAAAAGGACAAGAUCGAGCUCGAAGCCAAGAAUGCGCAGACCAUCAAGGCGAACCGCGACCUCCUCGACCAGCUCGAGCAGCUCAACAACGCCGUCGCCGAGUCGGACGCCCACAUCCGCGCGCUGGAAGACACGCUGCGCUCCACCGAAGACGAGAUCGACCGCCUCAGCUCCCUGGCCGCACGCACGCAGCUGCUCGAGCGCCAGCUGAUUGACCUCGAAAGAGAGCAGUCGCAGAUCCAGAGCAGCCUGGACGCCAAGAUCGUCGACGAGCGCACGGCCAUACAGCGGUGGAAGGUGGCCGAGCGGACUAUAGGAGAUCUCCAAGACCAGAUCGACCGCAUCGAGAAGGAGUCCCGCGCCGAGCGACAGCGCCACAUGGAGGUCGUGGCUCGCAUGGAGCGGAGGAUGGUCGUCGAGGGCGAGCUUCACACCGCUGCGGGCAGGCUCAAGGCCAAAGCUGGGACUGACAAGGGCGGGCCCAACGUCGUCUCCCACUUUGUUAAGGACAUUCUACUCGAUAACGCGAACCUGCAACACGGCAUACUGGAACUGCGCGAGCUAUUAGGCAACUCCAACGAGGAGGUCGAACGCCUGCGAGACCAACUCAAGGUUCACCAGCCUGUCUCGACAUCACCCCGGCCCGAUGAGGACGUCACGAGUCCGUCGCUGCAGAGAGAACUGGAAAUGGAACAAGAAGCGUCGCUACAGCAAGAACUGCACAUACACCACCAUUACCACGGCCCGAAGGUUACCAGAAACGUGCCCAAGCCACCGGCGCAGCGACGGCCCAAGAAGAAGCGCUUCUCACUCACCCCGACGCACUUCGACCCGCCUGCAACCCUCGAUCGCUCGUCUACGGCUACAAUACUGGAACACACCGCGGUCACUGUGCCUAACUCGCACAGAUGGUCUCAGGCCUCGACUCUCACGCCGGGCUCUUUCGCAGGGUCACCCGUCUCGGACUCACACCGUGGGUCCAUGUACGACCGUGUCUUCAGCGAGGCCUAUGACUCUUCCCGGCCCACCAGCCCUCCCGAUUCCAUCGACUUCCAGUCUCCCAUGUUCGGGCCCGUCAAAUCGAACGACUACAGCUCCGAUCCGGACGCGUUGCCGCCGAUGCUGCGAAGGUCCUCUGGCACUCUUGAGGUUGCGAAGGGCGGAAACAAGCAUCUGCGACGCAAGUCUCGCGGCCUCAUGCCACCGAGCCUGUCCACAAUGCGCAGCUCAAGUACGCCUAUCGCCCUCACUGCUAAGAGCAGUCCUGCGACGGCCGUCAUAUCGGCUGUCAGUCCCGCCAACUCCUUCUCGGAUGCCAGCUUUACGCUCUCGCCUUACCUCCAGCCGGAGCCCCAGGCUGCUAUCCCGGAGGAAAGCGAAGACUCCUCGCUAUCGACAGCCGAGCCAUCGCUGAUGACGUCCAACGGCGAAUUCGAGCCCAACGACCUCGUCUCGCCCAUGACCGCCAUGCGACCCGGCUUACGCCACCACGCCUCCCACGAAUCCCUCAUCUCUGUCUCCGGCAUGGACAUCCACACACUGCAGUCACGACCCUCGCAACUCCUAUACUCUAAUGCAGCGCGAUUCGCAACGCCCGGCAGUUCUGGCUCCGUCGGCCCCGAACUCACACCGUGGACCGCCACCGCACACGGCACGCUUUCGAACAAGACGUCGCAGAGCAGCAUGGCCAACCGCGACUUCCUCUACUCCAGCAUCGCGAACCAGAAGCGUGGACCGCGGAAGAGCGACGGCCCCCAGCCCUCCAGCGGCCCCGGUCUUACAAAGAAGGUCGGAGGCUGGGUCUUUGGCAAAUGGGGCUCAUCGCCUGCUCCCGUCACUUCGCCGACGGCUACCCGCGCGCCUUCGAUCCUUAGCCAGGAAACGCAGUCCACGCAGGACACGCAGUCGAGCGAAGGCACCACGACCACAAAUGCGGACGGCUCCAAGAAGAAGGACAAGCCCAAGCUGCGGCCGAGCGGCGUGAACCAGAACGGACCCAUAUGGGGCUUCUUUGAUGAAGUUCCCGACGCGCCGGCGAAGGUCGUGGUCCAGGAUUACGAUGCGGAUGCGCUUGGUGAGGCCUUGGCUGAGGCUUCGUAG